AUGGAACAACUCCGGUGGACAUCUGGUGACCUUGAUGGGGAAGCUCAUGGAACGGGUGAUUUGGAAAUAGUGGAAUGGACAGGUUUUAGAGGAAUCAAAGAGUCUGUGGAAGUUUCUUAUUCAUUUGAUGAGGAAGAUUUGCAUGAAACUUUGAGAAAACUUGCAGUAGCGAUGCCAGAUGAAGAGGGCAUGGCAGCAAUGUUAUCCGAAGAGUCUGUUUCUUCUGGACUGGCUGGUUCAACCGGACCAACUUCUGGUUCUUCCCAGCUGCCGGUGUUCUUAUCCUAUCAGCACAAAUCAAAAGAACAAGUUAAAGUGAUCAAAAAAGCACUUGAGACGGUGGGGCUUUCUUGCUGGAUGGAUGAAUCUAGUAUCCGCCUUGGAGAAAAAUUGACGCAGAAGAUUGAAAAUGGAAUAAGGGAGUGCAAGGUCUUCAUUAGCUGCGUGACAAAGGAUUACUGCGUCUCGGAAAUGUGCAGACGUGAAGCCAGUUUAGCCCGCGAAUGUAAGAAGCACAUCAUACCUUUGGUGUUUGAAGAUAUAGAUCCGUGGCCACCUGAAGGCCUUGGUAUUAUCUUUACUGAUCUUCUUUACCUUAAAGUGCCGGGAGGCAAACUCGACAAUUUAACCUUCGGAAAACUUUCAAGAGAUAUUUCGGACUUUGUUUAACCUUCCUCCUGAACCAAAAAUGCAAAACAUUUAUUUGUUCAGAUGGGAUCCUUUCCACCAUACUUUGGUUUUUUGGUUUUUACAUUUGUCUGAGUUUCCAAGAAAAGUAUCGAGUUAAAAUUCUAGACAUAAUUACAUCAUUUCAUGACAUAUACAUAACAAUUGCUUAUCUUAGUUGCUAUGGGAUU